GAUUGGUUGAUUUGAAUUUGGCGCUUAAAAAAUGUGCAGUAAAUAAACUCAGAAAUCAAAAAGCACCAUUUGCUCUUUAGUAGUGACCUUGGACAGACGAUUGAGAUUGCUCCAUAUGUCUUAUUAAGUGCAUCCGACGACAACUUGAAGGUAAUCCUUUAACCAAACUUUAAAAUUUAUCAUGUUUAGUACUUUGCGUAAAGACACAAUAUGUCAACCCAAGGCCACGAAUGAUUUUGAAGUUACACCGCCACCCAAUGACUCAAUUAGUUGCCUCGAAUUUUCCCCAUCUACUCAACAACAUAAUUAUCUAAUUGGGGGCGGCUGGGAUAAAACUGUGAGAUGCUGGGAAAUUCAGAAUUCUGGCAGAAGCGUGCCCAAAUCAUUACAAGUAUCUGAGGAACCAAUCCUCGAUGUAUCUUGGCAUGAUGACGGCACGAAGGUCUUUAUGGCUGGUUGUAAUAAACAAGUAAGAAUGUGGGAUUUAUGUAGCAAUAAAAGCAUUCAAGUGGGAGUACAUGAUGCGCCAAUUAAAACUUGCCACUGGAUUAAAACACCUAAUCAUUCAUACCUAAUGACUGGUUCCUGGGAUAAAACAUUAAAGUUUUGGGAUACUAGAAGUUCCAGUCCGAUGUUGACUAUAAACCUGCCUGAUAAAUGUCACUGUGUCGCUGUUGAUUAUCCAAUGGCACUCGUUGGUACUGCUGAUAAACAAAUUAUUAUUUAUACAUUAGAAGGACAACCACAUCAGUACAGCAUUUUAGAAAGUCCUUUAAAAUACCAACACAGAUGCGUCGCUAUAUUCAGGGACAAGAAUAAAUAUCCGGCGGGAUUUGCUUUGGGAUCUCUAGAAGGCAGAGUUGCCAUUGAAUACGUAAACCAAAGUACCAAAAACAAUUUUACGUUCAAAUGCCACAGAUCUGUACCCGUUGAUGGAGUACAAGAUAUUUACGCCGUUAACGAUGUGGUUUUCCACCCGAUCCACGGAACCCUCGCAACUGUCGGUUCUGAUGGCUACUUCUCCUUUUGGGACAAGGAUUCCCGAACUAAAUUGAAAUCUUCCGAGACAAUGGGGCAACCGAUAACAAAAUGUGCCAUAGAUCACACUGGUCACAUGUUUGCUUAUGCUGUUGGUUAUGAUUGGAGCAAGGGACAUGAGUUUUAUAAUAACACGAAAAAAAGUCAUAUUUUUGUGAAUUAUUGUAAUGAAGAUAUGAAACCUAAAAAAAAUUAAAUCUUUUCAACCAAAUUAAACAAAUAAUUUUUGAAGUUA